AUGGAGCGAGUUCGAGUCAACCCCGUUGUCCCUGGGUUUGCCCCCGAUCCUUCGCUGGUCUAUGUCGACGGCACCUACUUCGUCGUGAAUUCGACCUUCCACAUGUACCCCGGACUACCAGUCUACGCCUCCAGGGAUUUGAGGGAAUGGAAGCAUAUUGGCAAUGCCCUCGACGGGCCACGACGAAUAGCUCUCCAACAGUCCAUGACCAAAUUGGUCGGUCCCGACACUCCAGGCAAGACCAUAGCGGCACAGGGAGGCCUCAUGGCUCCUUCAAUCAGGUACCAUGAGGGUACCUUUUAUAUUAUUUGCACGAAUGUUUUCCACCGCCCACCCUUGCCCAACGGUGCCGAAUGCCAAAACUUCAUCGUGUCUACUACAGAUAUCUGGGCAGAUGAAUGGAGCGACCCAGUCUUCUACGACUUUAAUGGAAUCGACACAAGCCUGUUCUGGGAUGAUGACGGGCAAGUCUAUAUCCUUGGUGCCGCGGGCCCCGCCCCCGAGAGCAAAAUCAUGCAAUUCCAGAUCGAUCUCCGAACGGGGGCCAAGCUGUCUGAGGAGAAGUUACUUUGGGAGGGCGUCACAAAGGUCUUCCCGGAGGGUCCGCACAUGUAUAAGAAGGACGGGUGGUACUACCUUCUUAUCGCCGAGGGUGGCUGCUUCGAAGAUCAUCAUAGCAUCAUGGCGCGGUCGCGCAAUAUCUGGGGUCCGUACGAGGUGAACCCAGCAAACCCUGUGCUCCCCAAGGCAGACCUUACGAGUUACAUCCAGUACACGAGCCACGGCGACCUUUUCCAGGAGCCCACUUCGGGCCAGUGGUACUUUGUGUGUCUGGGUGUUCGGAAGAAUGAUGGGCGGUUCAUCAUGGGACGUGAAUCCGUUCUUACUACGGCAUCCUGGCCUGAGGGGGAGUUCCCUGUCAUUCACCCUGUGCAGCCGGAUGUGCCACUUCCUCCCCGGACGCAGAGCUCACUGGGGGAAUGGCCGGUGAGACGAAUGCUGGGCCGUCCAAAUGUCGCCUACCUCCGCAUCCGCGAUCCUGUCGAGGAGAAUUAUCAUUAUGAUGAUGAAAACGUUACCCUGACAUCGAGCAAGGCGGACCUGGACCAGUCUGAUGAGCCCGUGACGUUUACUGGAAAGCGGCAGAGGUUGCUGGAUGGCUCAGCAUCGGCCACGCUCGAGUCACUUCCCGAACUGGCUGCAAUAGCUCCUUCUGGGCUCAAGACGGGGCUUUGUUACUACAAGGAUGAACAUCGUUUUGUCCGUGUUUACCCAGACAUGGAAUCUCGGGAGAUCGUCUGGGAGAUUGUGAACAAGGCCAGGGGGAUCGAGCAGAAAACAUCGCGCGGCGAGCGUGCGCUCGGUCAUGCCGCGAAGAUCAUCUUUGGCAUUGACUAUACCGCGCUGGAAUUCAUAUUCUGGUAUUCUCUUGGCACGGAGUCUGGGAAGCGGGAGAUCAAUAGGAUGGACAGCCUGGAUAUGACUGGGCAUGACUUUGUGGGACCAGUCAUUGGCAUCUACGCUGUCGGUGUCGAGUCAUGCAAGGUACGGUUCGUGGAUUUCCAAGUGGAAGGUGUGUAG